GCGGGCGUUUGGAAGAGAAUGUUGGCCAUCUAACGAUAAAAAGCAAGAUAACUCGCAUCACAAACGCAUGCUCAUCUCUCCCGGAAAGGCGUCACAUCAAAAUUGUAUAGUUUUUGUAGGAAGAGUGCGGUGGCUUAGUAGAGGAAGCUUGGCAUCUUCCGUGCGGUGGCUGGAGAGAUAAACCGAAAGAGGAAGGCCGAAGGGAAGCACAGCAGCAUCACAUCACGCGAGCUCCUCAGCAACACACAACAGUAUAUGUCAUGAAUUCGGACGAAUAUGAGCAGCUGCCAACGUCGAGCGUACCGGCCAUCAUGACGGCCGGUGCGAUAGCCGGCGUAAUGGAGCACUGCGUCAUGUACCCGCUGGAUUCGGUAAAAACCCGCAUGCAAUCGCUGACACACAUGAAGGCACACGACACGAUCAUGUCGACCAUGCGCGACAUGGUCCGCAACGAGGGCCUGCUGCGUCCGUUUCGUGGUGUAAUGGCUGUCGUGGCCGGUGCCGGACCGGCACACGCGCUAUACUUCGGUGCGUACGAAUGCUCGAAGGAGAUGAUCGCGACGAUAUCGGACCGGGAUCACCUGAACUACAUGCUGUCAGCAACCGCAGCCACACUCGUGCACGAUGCCGUCUCGAACCCGGCCGACGUGGUGAAGCAGCGGUUACAGAUGUAUAACUCACCGUACAGAUCGAUCGUGCACUGCGCCAGCCAGGUGUACCGGACGGAGGGUUUGCGGGCGUUCUACCGAUCGUACUCGACGCAGCUCGUCAUGAACAUCCCCUACUCGGCGAUUCAGUUCCCGACGUACGAGUUCUUCCAGAAGCUGCUCAACAAAGACAAUAAAUACAACCCUCCUGUACAUAUGGUGGCGGGUGGGGCUGCCGGUGCCGCUGCGUCCGCUCUUACGACGCCACUGGACGUGUGCAAGACGCUGCUGAAUACGCAAGAGGAUGGUGCCGGUAAAACCAGGGGUCUCGUGGAUGCGGCGAAGAAAAUAUACCAUACGGCCGGCCCGAUGGGCUUCUUCAAGGGGAUGCAGGCGCGCGUCCUGUACCAGAUGCCGGCCACGGCCAUCUGCUGGUCGACGUACGAGUUCUUCAAGUACAUCCUGUCGCGCGUCAAGAAACCGAUCGCGGGCUCGACUGGCCCCAGCAGCAGCAGCAGUAGCAGCCGAUCGCUGGGUGCUACCGAGGAGGACAAAACGACCACGAUAACCGACCUGCGGUAUAUGAUACCGGCGAGUGCGUCGGUUAGCGCCGAAGCCUCACCGACCGGAUGCAGCGGGGUCAACAGUGCCAGUUUGCUGAUCCGACCGGAACGCGAGGGGGGUUCGGGUGGUUUGGUGGCCGGCGAAAAGGCGAGCGGUGCCGCCGGUGGGUUGAUGCCCCGUGGUGGCCCCGAACUGCCGGCCCUGUCCGGUGCCGGGAUAUAUGGCGCGAUGAGCUACAACACGAUGCACUCGAAUGAUACGAACCACCUAACCGACGUCCGAAGGACGAACUAGAGCCUGGAAGCAAGCCACCGUCCGAUGGCCAAGCACUCGGAGUGCAGGCGCCGCGCGGUGUGUUGAUAAGUUAAUAAUCUUGUUGGUUUAGCGUUUUUAGAGAUGAAACAAACAAACAAAGGAAAAACAGCGAAUCGACUACCGCAGCAGCGUGUGUGAGCGGAGGGCGGAAAUGUGAAAAUACACACACGCACACGUACACACACAUCGUACAGACCGUGAGAGGAAGCGCGAAAGAUAAAGUGAGAGAGAGAGAGAGAGAUGUAAGAGCGAUAGGAAGCGGAAGUAGAUUAUAUCGAGCCAGCGAUAAGGAGCGACAGACGGUCACGGGAAGCGUGAUUGUGUGCAGAUGCGUGAUGCCCGCGCGCAUUGAGAGAUCGGCUUCGGAGAACCAUCUGUCCUGGGCGCAGUCAGUAUGCAUUAAUGCACCUUACAAAGUACACCCGUUUUGUUAAGUUUACUAUUUCCCUGGAGGAGACGAGCGCGUUCGAGUGUGCACGUGGUGGGGUAGGUAGGAUAGCAGGAGGAAGCAAUGAACACGAGAGAAGGGACCGCUCGUAGGUGGGUGAUGUUGAGUGAACAGUGAAUGUUGCUGUUGUUACCGUUUGUGAUUUUGUGCACGGUGGCGCUCGAUACGAUCGCUCCACCGGCCAGAUCGUGCAGUUGACAAGGGACGAGAGAUGGAGACGCCUGGUAUGUGACAGGCCACGUGAAGCGCAUGUCUCGAAGGCAUCGUUUUAGUGUGCCGAUUUGGUUGCAGAAGGGUUCUGCAGUUUUGUACGAUCCCGUGCCAUGAUCGUACGGUUAGGAACGUUGGCCUGUCGCUGGGAGGGCGAUUGUUUUCACAUCAAAAUACCACACCUCCCGUCACGGAAGGGUUUUCAAUCGAGAGAGAGAGAGCGAGAGAGAGAGAGAGAGAGAGAGGAAAGGAAUUCGUAAACCUAUUCGUAAAUCUAGCUAGAGGCAUAGAGGAGGUACAGAGCAGCGCGCGAUAGGCAAAAUAAAACAAAAGUGACAACUCAGUUUCUUCCCGCAAGAAGCCAUGCGCAAAUUAAAAUCGCAAUAGUCUAGAGCUACCACAACUCACUACUCCAAGUGUGCAGAGAUGCAGCUUCCUCCCGACUACGUUUUAAGAUGUAUCCUUUUUUAUGUACUCAUUACUCUGUAGCGCUGUAUAUUUUCUUUUACUCCAUUCUAACCACGCCCGUGUAUGGUGCAAAAUUUUGCAUAUUUUCUUUCGCAAACAUUUCCCUUUGGCAAAACGUUUUAAAACUAUGUUCUACGUCGUUUGAAACAAUGUUCUCAAAAUGUAUGCUUUUUUUCAAUCAUAUCCUACGAAUUGUUGCGUUUUCGCGAAUGCGUUGCAUUACCAUGGCACAAAAAGGCUGCAUGGGUGCGUGAUUCUUUGUUCCUAAACACGAUGUUUUCUUCGCCUGUGUUGUUGCGUUUGCCUUCUGCAGGAAGGCAGCGCACACACACACGAGAGAGAGAGAAGGUGCAAGUGCGGUAGGUUAAUGAAAAUUCAAAUUAACGAAAUUGAAAACAAAUCAAAUUAACACGUUAUAAGCUAAAUGGCACUCGCACAUGGGCAUCUUUGGCGGUCGAAUCGUCUACUAGGGGAUGUGGAGGGGAAGAGACAGGAGAUGGGGGGGGGGAGGGGUAAGGUAGCGAAACAAUUUCCACAUGCCAAGUCAAUUAGGCGUUACUUUAGACCGGCGGCAACCACCGUCAUAGACGGAUCAGAUGCAACAUCCUGCGUAUGUGCUUGUUCGUAUCCUUUUUGCUCGGGUUUUGUGUUAGACCGUGAGAAAAGAGGAAAAACCCAACAUCCCUGCUAGCCUGCUAUCGGGAAAUUUUGGCGUUGGGUUGCGUUCAUUUUUUUUGCGUUCGCCUGUUGGAUGUUGCUCUUUGUGCCCGCUGCAUCCACUUCCGUCGACGCAGUUCGCAGUCGCAGAACGAUUGCAUUAGCAUCACGCGUGGAUGAAUUCGAGUUGGUGGGGUGAGGCGUGAAAAAAGGCACCCAG